AUGGCCAAGAAGAACGGAGGACAGCUAAGAUUCUGCUGCGACUCUCACAACCUGAACGUGGUGACAAUAAAGGACGCUUACCCAAUACCACGCAUUGACGAGACCCCCUCGAAGCUCGGCGAUGUCAAGUUUUUCACCACACUGGACCUGGGUUUUGCCAGUUGCAGUUUAAUGCUGAUAAAGACAUACGAAAGGAUGGGUUUCACCAAGGAGGAUCUGAUACGGACAAGCUUAAUAUUGGCAGCCGCAAUUUGCAGAGCCAUAUACAUAGCCAGGAGAUCUUCAGUAACUGUCCUUCAUAUGGGAGGACCGAACCUCUGGAUGAGUUUUUUCGUGGUGAGAAUCUUGACGAUUCGGAUCAGUUCAUCAUAA